AGAGAACAACUGAAGAGAAACCAAAAAUAAUCAUUAAAAAGAGAAAACAACAACAUAAUCUCAAGCGGGACACCAACAACCCAUAAUUCCGACAGACCUCCUCUCUCUCUUUCUCUCUCUCGAUAUAUUGAUCACAAUCAGUCAGAGGGAAAAAUUUAUGAGAGAGGUGGACAUGAUGGAGAAGAGGGUAAAUCAUGAUAUUUGAUUUGUUUCCCUAUAUGUAUUUUCUUUUGUUUUCUUUUUUGAUUGAAAAUGGAAGUCAAAGAAUCAAAGGAGAUUGCCACAAACUUGAAAUUUGGAUUGACUGUGGCUUUAUCUCUCGGUGGGGCUCUUUAUACCUAUCAUAGAAUUAAAAAUAUCAAAGUUCCUCCAGGGCAUGGUAGAAAUGUGGAUUCAAGAAAUGAAAAUGGCGAGAUCAAGAACGAUGAUCGUGCAUUAGAGAAUGGAACACACAGAAGAGUCCUCUCCCAGAAUUCGGUGAGCGACGUUUCAUCAAGCAGCAGGCGCAGUGUAGAGAGAGAGAGAGAGUGUUUCCUCCUCCCAGAAUACAACGACGAUGAUCUGUGUCCCAAGAAAUGCGCCGACGAGGAAGAGCACGAGCGAGAAAUCCGGCGCCUCCGCAACCGCGUGAAAAUCCUGGAAGAAAAGGAGAGAAACCUGGAGCUGCAGCUGCUGGAAUACUACGGCAUCAAGGAGCAAGAAACCGCAGUGAUCGAGCUCCAAAACCGCCUCCGCUUGAACACCAUGGAGGCCAAGCUCUACAACCUCAAGAUCGAGUCCCUGCUCUUGGAUAACAGACGCCUCGAAGCUCAGGCCGCCGACCACGCCAACGCCAGCGCCGAGCUCGAGGCCGCCAAGGGCAAGAUCAAGAUGCUCCGCAAGAAGCUCAAGUCCGAGGCCGACAAGAACAAGGAGCAGAUCAUGAAGCUCCAAGAGAAGCAGAGCGCCGAGGUCGAUCAGGAGCUCAAGCUGCAGCUCGAGGAGGCCUGCGAGUUGAAGCUGGAGCUCGAGGAGAUGAAGAAGUGCAACGAGAUCCUCAAGUUGGAGAACAUCGAGCUCGCUCAGAAGCUCGAGUACGUGCAGAUGCUCGCCGAGAACGCCGUUGAUAACGAAGAGGUGCAGGAGCUCAAAGAAGAGAGCCGCCAUCUAAAGCAAGAGAACAAAGAAUGGAAAGAGGAGAUCGAUCGGCUCAAGGCCGAGAAAUCCACCGACGUAGAAGAGCUCAUCUUCCUGCGCUGGAUCAACGCCUGCCUCCGCAACGAGCUCAAGAACUACCAGCCGGCCGGGAAGACCAUGGCCCGGAACCUGAGCCCUAAGUCGGAGGAGAAGGUGAAGAAGCUCCUACUCGAAUACGCCAGCAAGGAAGCCAAGACCAUCGACUCCAACUACCUCGAAUCCGACCAAUGGUCGUCGUCUCAGAACUCGUGCAUGACCGACGAGCGCGACGAGCUGCACAUGGAUCUCCCCUCGGGCAACAAGGCCUCCAAGCCCAAACUCUUCGGCAAGCUGCGCCGCCUACUCCUCGGGAAAAGCUCCCGAGGAGGCCGCCAGACCCCGUCCAUGGACAGGGCCCAGUCCGGGGACAACCUCCCCGGGCGCUUGUCAUGCGAGUACCCGGCGGGGUCCCCCAGGGUGGUGGACUCCGGGGGCAAUGACAUGAUCAAGACGUCGAGGAUCCUGUCGAGGAGCGCCUCCCGCAGGUCCUUCGACGUCCCGAGGUCCUACUCCCGAGGGAGUAUGACCGCCACUGGUGGGGCCCAGCGGAGAAGCAACGUCGAUGAUCCCUCCAGUUUAAUUAACAGAAUCGAGGCGUUAGCAGAUUACGAGUCCACCACUUGGUCCUCUGCGGCGGUGCAGGGAGACCAGAGUGCUUCUAAAGAGGAACUACUUAAAUUUUCCGAGGCUUUCAAGGAUUCAGGCUCCAAAUAUUCGUUUAGGAGUUCGUAUGAAUCUACUUCUUGAUUUUCUUUAUAGGGAUUUCAUCUUUUGUCUCAUUUUUUUGGGUUAUGAUGUUGAUAAUAACAGGUGUUCUGUAAUUUGAAAGUUUUCAGAUUUCUUAAUCUAAAUUUUGUUAUUUAACUUAAUGUUUA